UAAGUCUGGUGGUUCAUCAGAUAUAAUUUUCUGCUUGAGGUCGGAGGUUCGAAACUCCACUGCUUUUCAUUUUUCUCGAAAUUUUGUCAUUUUCCGUCAUCUUCGUCGCCUUGUAAAAGUCCGGCCAAUGGAACAAGACGGGUCAUCCUCUACGACUCGCAAGAAGCUUAGGUUCGCCCCGAAACCACCGCCUCGCAGAAAGCCCCGCCCACCUCCGCCCAAAAAAGAAGCUGGUGAUGAAGAUGUAGACGAAGCCAAAGAGGCCAAGUCUUUACUACGUCAAUUCAAUGAAAAUCUUACUAGGCGAGGGAGUAGAGCUGAAAAGAAAUCUUCGGUGCAAGUUGCAUUUGGUCCUGGCGCUACACACUCGUCUUCCAUUAGAACUUUUGGAGUUGACAAGGCUAGAAACAGUUAUAAAAGCAGUGAUGUAGAGCCGAAAGUUUCUGAAUCUUCUGAUAGUGAGAAAAUUAUCUCACCUUUGCCUCUGGACAAAGCUGGAACUGGUGCAGCUUUAGAAGAAGUGAGAGAUCUAUCAACCCAAACUGUCAAGAAAGAAUACAAAGAGCCUUGGGAUUACAACCACUCAUACUAUCCUAUUACUCUUCCACUGAGGCCGCCUUACUCUGGAGACCCAGAACUUCUUAAUGAGGCAGAAUUUGGGGAGGCUGCUAGAAACAAAGAGUAUGAUGAGACUGCUAUCCAUCCUGCUUCUGAACUUGGGCUGAUGGAGGAAAAUGGAGAAAGAAAGAUGUUUUUCUUCCAGCUGCCAGCUACCUUGCCAAUGGUUAAGCAAUCCGCUAGUAGCAAGGGGAAAGAGAAAGUUGGAAGCUCGACAUCAUCAGGGAGCGUAGGCGCUUCAAGUAAAGGCAGUAAGUUGGAAGAGUUGCACGGGGGGUGUAUGGGCAAAAUGCUGGUUUACAAGAGUGGAGCAGUUAAAUUAAAGCUAGGGGAUACCCUCUUUGAUGUUUCACCUGGCUCUGAUUUUCAAGUUUCACAAAAUGUUGUCGCGAUCAACACUGCCAAAAAAGAAUGCAAUGUUCUAGGAGAGCUCAACAAACUUGUUGUUGUUUCACCUGAUGUGUGCUCCGUCCUGAAUUCCGUAAUUGACUUGGGCUAAACGCAAUGACAAAACUACCAGCGAUAUGGAGUUACUGAAGCCUUGUGCUAGAAAUGUGUACAUCUUAGAACUGGUAAAAUGCACAUAAAUGUGAGAUAUUCUGAGUAAAUUUGUAAGUAGAAUUGCUGACGGUGCUGUCUCAGCAACAAUUGGAACAGUCAUAGGCUCAAUUGGGUUGUCGACCUGUGGAUGUAGAUUUUCUCAACAUUAUUUUACUAGAAAAUGAAAGAGAAUUUGAUAUUCUUUCCUUCUAAUUCUUGGAAGGAAAAUAGUAUUGCAUUUUA